AUGGCUGCUGGUGGCCUAGACUAUUCGAUUAGAAAGAAAUUAGAUACCCAGUAUUUAAGGGAUAUGGCUCAAUUGGCUGAUAGAGUUCGACAACUCGAACGAUUGAAGGUUGAAAAGGCUAGAAAUUCUAAAUUCCACAAGAAGGAAAAGGUUGCAUAUGUCGAAACCAAUGACAGUGACCAGGAGUUCGAUAUUAUUUAUGAAGAUAUCGAAGACAAUGAGGUUGAUUUAGCAGAAUUAAAACCUGGACCUCCUUAUGUUUUCACAGAUGGCCAGAUUGUUGUUCCUAAGGGCUUGAAAGUACCCCCAAUCGAACAACAGAAGAAAAGGGGUUAUUGUAAAUUUCAUAAUUUCCUUGGCCAUAAAACCUCACGUUGUGUUCUUUUCAGGGAUUUGGUUCAAAAGGCUCUCGACGAAGGAAGGCUCAAAUUUGGUGAGAAACCAAAGGUUGUUCAGGCAAAUGCUGAAACAUCCAAAGCUGCUGAAACUCUCUAUGCAGAACCCCAAGAAAUAAUGAUGGUCGAAACAAUGGAGUUGUCUCAGGUGCAAGUUCAGGGCAUGUCUGAAGAGGAUUACAACGAACAAAUGAAGGUUGUGUAUCCUCAGGCUGAGGAGGAUUUAAUUGAUUUCUUGAACAGAUGCAAACUCGAAAACAAGAUUGUGAUGCUCUGCCCUCGCUGCAGUGCAGUAUGUGAUAGGGAGGCUACUGAGGGCCUCAAAGAAUACCAAGUUGUUAACAAGGGGGCAAGGCAGAACCAACGUUUCGAUAAAGGCAAAGGAGUUAUGGUGCAGUCGAACACUAAUCAGAAGUCUGGUCGAAGGAAUACUUUCUCUCCUCCUGGUUCAGUUCCAGUCGAAAAAUGGAUGCACCAGGGACUCAUAAGGUUCAACAAAAGGGCCAUGGAAGUAGGUGGUUCGAGUGGAACGAAGCAAAUUGGCCCACAGGAGGCUAAUAGGUACUCUUAUAGGAACAAUUACAGAGGAAAGAAUCCUAUGACGAGGACCCAAUGGCGUAGGUUCCAGCGUCAGAAGAAAUUGGCCCAACAGAAUCUGCAAACGGGCCAGUAUAAAGAAGUAUCUAGGAGGCCAGUAAAAGAGAGACUCCUGCCUCCAGUGGAUGAAGAUAAGAUGGAGGAUGAGGAUUUACUAGAUUCUGAACCAGACUUUGAUGUCAUUUGUGUGGUAUCUAUCUUGCCAUCUGAAUAUGAUGUCCAGUCUGAAGUUACUGAGAUCGAAAGUGAGUUCGAUCAUUUUGAUAUGGCUGACCCAAAGCCAGUAUGUUACUAUGUUAUGAACAAUGGCUGUGUGGAAGAACAAUUAGCUUAUUUCGAAAAGCCAGAUUUUCAGAUGAAAAGUCAUCUCAAACCUCUUUUCAUCAGAGCAAAAGUUGAGAAUAUUAGAAUCAACAAAGUGCUCAUAGAUGGAGGAGCGGCUGUUAACUUAAUGCCUCGAUCUAUGCUCCACAAGAUCGGGAAACAUGACACUGAUCUAUCUGCCCACAACAUUGUGCUUUCGAAUUAUGAGGGUAAAACUGGCUAUUCUUUGGGAGCCAUUCAAGUAGAUGUUGCUGUAGGCAGUAUAGUUCGACCAACUCUAUUCCUGGUGAUACAGUCUAAGGCUAAUUUUAACUUGCUAUUAGGAAGGGAAUGGAUUCAUGGAGUUGGGGUUGUGCCAUCUACCCUCCACCAGAAACUCAUUAUCUGGAGGGAGGAUGGGAUUGUUGAAAAUAUAGAGGCAGAUCAAAGCUUCUAUAAGUCAGAGGUUGAUAAUGUUACUGCACAAACCUUUGACAAAAAGUUGGCUAACAUAGCACCUUGUGGUGACAAGGAGGCUGUUGUCGAAUCAAGUGACAAUGUUAUCCACUCUGUCAAACUCCAUCCUACCUAUGGGUUUAUAUGGGAGAGGGAGGAAAUUGAUGCUGUUCCCUCUGAAGAUGGAGUCAUUCCACCAACUGGGUAG